AUGGGAAUGAAGUUCACCCUGACCCUGCUGGGCCUCCUUCUGGCCCUUCUCUGGAUGUCCGAGGCUCGGGCUGAGGUCCUGCUACAGCCAGAUUUUAAUGCUCAAAAUUUCUCAGGUCUCUGGUAUGUGGUAGCCAUGGUGUCCGACUGCAAGGCCUUCCUAAGCGAGAAGGACCACCUGCUGAUGUCCACUCAGACCAUCGAGGCCACUGAGGAGGGUCACCUCCAUGUCCACAUGGAGCUUCCUCAGGCCGACAACUGCAGCCAGGUGGAUGUAGACUACCUGAGGGUGGGCUCUGCCGGGCACUUCAGGGUCCCAGCCUUGGGCUACCUGGACGUGCGGAUCUCAGACACAGACUACAGCUCCUUUGCGGUGGUUUACAUCUAUAAGGAGCUGGAGGGGGCACUAAGCACCCUGGUACAGCUGUUCAGCCGGACUCAGGACGUGAGCCCCGAGGCCACGAAGGCCUUCCAGGACUUCUACCCCAAGGUGGGGCUCCCGGACGACAUGGCAGUGACGCUACCCAAAUCAGGACUCUGUGCAGACCCCAAAGCGCCAGAAACUCAGGGAGGGCACUGCGGCUGCCCUCCUUCCUCAGAUGAGGAGACAGGCACCGAGAGGUCUCGGGAACAAACCUACAGCUGGGCCCCUGAGUCCCCUAGGCCUCACUGCAGCAUCCAUUACCACCCAGUGCAUCCCCUCCUGAGUAUGGGUGUCCCUGCAGAAGUGGGUGGUGCCUCUGGGGUGGGUGUGGGUGUCCCUGCAGAAGUGGGUGGUGCCUCUGGGGUGGGGGUGGGUGUCCCUGUAGAAGUGGUCAGCACCAAGUUUGUCCGGUGA